AUGGAAACUCAAACCCAAGAGCCUGGCAUUGCCUACCGGUACGGAGCUCUAAAAUAUGCCAAAUCGAUCCGAUUGCUGUACCUCCAUACAGGUGAUUCAUAUCACCAGCUGCCAAUCGAAGUCUCCCUUCGCGAAUUCCCCAUCGAUGCCCUUCCCAGUUUUGGCGCGCUAUCUUAUACGUGGGCAACCGAAGACGGGCUUGCCUCGUUGUCGCAGGAGUUGCUUUGCGGCGGGGCAUCCAUCAAGAUAACCAAAAACUGCGAGGCCGCACUGAAGAGGCUGCGCCGCCCCAGGGAAGACCAGGUCCUCUGGGUGGACGCUGUCUGUAUUGAUCAGUCCAACGUCGAGGAGAGGAGUCUACAAAUUGGCUUAAUGCGUCAGAUCUACAGCCAGGCAUCUUGGGUGGCCUUGUGGCUCGGCGAGCCGUCGUUAGCAGUCGAUGAAGAGUCGGGCUUGCCGCUUUCGGAUCUGGGCAUGGACUAUAUCCACGAUUUUGCGGUCGAGAUUGCGGAAAAGACGAAUUCUGGUCAGGACCCUGGAGAAGGGCCGCUAUAUCAGGAGUUCAUCAAAGAUCGAAUGGCAUUCCAGUAUUCUGAUAGUGAAGUUUUCACGCCACGGGUGCGUGGAUUGUGGGACGUCCUCCACCGGAGUUGGUGGAAAAGGCUAUGGGUUGUCCAAGAAGUCGCUCUAUCUAGACAGCCGACGCUGAUAUGCGGUAGCAAAGGAGAGCCCUUCCACAAUGUCAAAGUUGUCAUCGAGGCCCUCAUCAGACCCCAGCAGGCCGUCGAGGUGAUGGAGUAUAACAGCCUCUUCAUCGCAUCCACGUUUCAUCAAUUCCACGUGCGACAUAUGAUUGAAACUGGUGGAAUGAGUAAGAUAUCGCCCCCUGGUGUCAAGGCGCUCCGAAUUUUAGACGCCACUCGCAACACGCAAGCAUCGGAUCCUCGCGACAAGAUAUACGGCGUCCUAGGCUUUUUUGGCGCCUCGGAAACGGAUCCUGAGAAUAUUUUCCCAGAGCCAGAUUAUAAGAAGACGGCGGUUGAGCUAUAUGCAGAUGUCUCACGCGCAAUCAUAACCAACACUGGAAAUCUGGACGUUCUGAGCUCUUGUUAUGGCUUCUUCCAGUCAAGCGUUCCCGACCUGCCCUCGUGGGCGGCGUGUUGGAACGAUACUCCAGUGCAGUAUUUCGAUGAAAAAGUCUUCAGUGCAGCAGGCGCUUCGUCUGUCUUGUAUGAAGACUCGGACGAUAAGUUGCUCUUGCGCAUCAAAGGCAGAAAGGUUGACUUUGCGAAACUCACGGGCCAACUGCCAAGUUCUAUAGGGUAUAGCAACGAAGCAUGCAUCGAGCUAUGGCGCUACUGGUGGAAAUUUGCAUCUGCCCUGGAGUCCUACCCGACCGGAGAGACUGUUACGGAUGUGUUCAAAGCUACGCUUUGCUGGGGGAGCGAUCUAGCUUUUCACCGCCAGAAACCUGGAGGAUAUACAGAGACCUUUGAUGCUUGGCUAAAAGUCCUGACGGGGCCGGAUGACACGAGUACUGCCGCCAGACAUGUAUUCAAUGACAAAGAGCCGUCAAAGUACGCUCACAGAGCCACUGCGAUUACCUGGGGGCGCAAUCUCGGCAUUACCGAUGGGGGGUAUUUGACAAUGGUACCCAUAACGAGCGAAGUCGGCGACGAAAUCGUGAUUUUUCAGGGAGCAAAAUUGCCGUUUGUCGUACGAACUGAAGACGGCAAGUCCAAGCUCGUGGGUCCCUGUUACGUGCAUGGCAUGAUGGACGGAGAGUUUGCUACCAAAGAUGAUGCACCAGCCGCAGGCGAACUAGCAUGGUUCGCGUUGUGUUGA